AUGAAGAAGUACUGGCUUUCGAAAAACUUAUUAUUGGUGUCUCUCCUUAUAGCGGACUGUACAUCGAUUGGAUAUGGGAUACAGCUUGAUUGGGAUACGACUGGUCUUGCGGGGACUGGGGUGGUAUGGGGAGAUGGAGUUGGAAGGACGACCGCGAGCAGCGAUAGUCGAAAGGUAACUGCGAGCGAUAGCGGUAAACCAAUUAGGAGACACCGUCGACGACCGCGCAACACACCCCGCAACUCGACCUCACCCCUCAUCUCCGACGAAUCCAAAUCCUACAUCGACUGGUUGCUCAACGAGGAAUGGAAUUCGACAGGUCUAGGCGUGGCGGUUGUACAAAAGCUGCCUCCUUCACCCUCCGACAACAAUACCACGAACGGCCUUCCACGCUGGAAAGUCGAAUUCGCAUCCUUCGGCUCCGCCCAAACCUCAAUCAUACCUCCCAAACCAGUAACACCGGACACCCUCUUCGCCAUCGCCUCCAACUCCAAACUCUUCCUCUCCCUCUCUGUAGGUAUGCUCCUCCACAACCACACCCUCGCCUCCGAAUUCCAGAACAAGACGGGGAAGAGGCUGGGCUGGGGGACGAAGAUGGUUGAUCUACUGGGUGAGGAUUUGUGGAGGAUGUGGGACGAGGAUACGACGAGGGGCGCGACGGUGUUGGAUUUGUUGCUCCACCGCACGGGCUUGCCUAGGCAUGAUUUCUCGGGGACGGGGAGGAGGGAGGGUGGUGUUCGGGGUGUAAUCGAAACCCUCCACUCGCUCCGCCCCUCCGCCUCCUUCCGCCUAACCACGCAAUACAACAACCUAAUGUACGAAACACUCUCCUACCUCCCUCAAGUACUCCUCAACCAAUCAUACGAAUCAUACGUCCACCAGCAACUACUCGCUCCUCUCAACAUGUCUUCUACCUUCUUCGACGUCGGACUCGUACAAAAAGGGGAGGAGUUUGGGGAUAGGAUGGCGGAAGGCCAUUUAGCUGAUAUGCGGGACUUUAGGAGGGGGCGGAAGGGGGUGUUGAAACCCGUCGUACCGUACUUUUUUAGGCCUGGGGAGGAGAAGGUGUGGGCGGGUGCUGGGGGGUUGAUUAGUUCGCCUAGGGAUAUGUUUCCCCCCAACUUUGCAACGUGGGUAGCGAUGCUCCUCAACGACGGCCGGCAUCCCUACACCAACGCCGUCGUCGUACCCAAAGAGGUGUUGGAUUUCGUGUCGACGGGGAGAGUGGUGACGCACGGUACACCUGAAUUUCCUGAAUUCAGCCCCAAAGUCUACGGCCCCGCUCAAUGGCGCUACACCUACCAAGGCCUCGACAUCAUCGAGCACGGGGGGAAUAAUGCCGGGUUUAAGAGUCAGGUUGCGAGGUUUCCUUCGGCGCGGAGGAGCCAGAGGAACCCCAACAACGGUCUGGCGGAUGGAGCUGAAGGACUGGCGGUCGGAGGACUGGCGGAUGGAGAUUUGGCGGGUGGAGGUUUGGCGGAUGGAGGACUGGCGGAUGGAGGCUUGGCGGAUGGAGGUUUGGCGGACGGAGGACUGGCGGGCGGAGGACUGGCGGUCGUCAGCCUCUCGAACGAUGGAGAACACGGAGGGUUCGUACUCGAAGCUGCCAAGUGGAGGAUCGUGGAGGAUGUGUUUGGGUUGAGGGAGGUUGAUUGGAGCGCGAGGUGCUCCUACAUCUGUCGCCGUGCUCACACACCGCUACCCACCAUCGACAGGUACAAACAACUGUGGAAUGACUACCAAGAUAAAGUUCGACGUGAGGCUCUACCGCGUCCUCCCAACAAGGACCAACCAACCACGCGAGCAGCGCCAUCCCAUGCCCCUCCCAAGCACCCAACCACGCGAGGAGAGCUGUCUCGUGAAUCCUUCGUCCGACUUGGCCAGCUCAAGUUCUCGCAUCCCGCGUAUGGGGAGUUGACGCCUUGUUUGGUGCCUGGGUCGUUGGAAGUGGAGGGUGUUGCGUUUGGUCGACGGGCCCAGGAGGAGGACGGGGAUGGGGACUAUGCUUUCGUGGACGAGGAGGGGGAGGGACAAGUUCCUUUCGGUCACGCUCACGCGUCCUCGGGGCAAGAUGUCGAGUCGUUCCCGAACCCGUAUGUUGAUUGUGGGAGUGUGUUGGGUGGUGCGGAUGCGAGGCGGGUUCUUGGAUAUCUUGCGCGGUCCUCCAGACAAGGUUCGGAGUCGCCGAAGACUUUUGGUUCGACCCGCUCAACCGACCGGGCCAACACCGACGCCAGUGCAAACCACUCAACGCACUCACCCUCCGUCAGCUACACUGAAUAUACCACCCCGGCGUACAACACACCGACGUACAACACACCGGCGUACAACACACCGACGUACAACACACCGACGUACCUGAUCCCCUUCCCUCGUACGUUCGCCUCGCAUCUUGUCCUGACGCAUUACGAGGGGAUGGUGUUUAAUGUUUCGGUCGUGUGGGGGAAUGCCGGGUUGAGAGGUUCUGUUGGUAUGAAUCAGGCGGUGGAUGGGGAGGAGGAGGAGGAUAGGGGCGCGAUAUUGAUCGGGUUGGAUGAGCAUUUCGAAGUUGAAUGGUUCGUUCCUCCCGGACGCCAGAAAGGCUACGAACGCGGGGGGUCGAAGGGCCGCGAGCGAGUGCAGUUACGUCAUCAAGGAAGGAGCGAACGAGCGCAUCACCGAGGGAGGAGUGACAACGGACAGAGAGAAGCUGGAGGGAAUGGGGACGAAGAAGGGUGGGACCAAGAGGGAUGGGAUGAAGAAGGUUGGAAUCAGAAUGAGAACGACCCAGCCAGCCUUAACCUUGACGAGCCCCCCGAGGAAGGAAGAGGAGGAGGAGGUGGUUGGGACACGGAAGGUCUCUCGUUCAAACGCGGGUUCUGGGGACGGGAGGGGAUGGAUUCGGAGGAGCCGGCGGAUGGGCUGGGGAGGGGGAGUGCGGAGGUUUGGUUUGGGGUUGUGUAG